UUAUAUAUCUUAAUUGUUUGAGUGGAAAGAACAGCUGGCUGGGUCAGUCAAUUCAAUUGUAUAAAAGGAUGUAAAUUGCAAUAAGCUUUUGAGUCACACCAAAAAACCAAAGCAACUAUAUACACCUAUUUCCAUCUGCAAAAUUAAUCUUAUAGAAAUGUCGGUCCAAGAAGAUCCUGUCUCAUUAACCAAGAAUAAUGAACGUCCCUCUGCGGAUUUUCAGCCCAGCAUUUGGGGUGAUUAUUUCCUCACUCGUUGCAUGGGAACGGUAUCGGUUGAGAAAAUGGGGCAACAAGUUGAAGAAUUGAAGGAAGAAGUGAAAGGAUUGCUAAUAGAUUCUCAAAAGAAACCUCCGCAAAAGUUGGAGUUGAUUGAUUCAAUCCAACGUUUAGGAGUUUCUUACCAUUUUGAGAAUCAGAUUGAUGAAAUCUUAGAAAAAAUGCACCACAACAACUCUAAUGACUUUGUUGAUAUAGAGCACGAUGACCUUUAUACCAUUGCUCUUUGGUUUCGCUUGCUUAGGCAACAUGGUUAUUAUAUAUCAAGUGAUGUAUUCAACAAGUUUAAGGAUGGAAAAGGAAACUUUAAGGCAUCCUUAGCCAUUGAUGUGUCAGGCUUGCUAAGUUUGUAUGAGGCUGCACACCUUCGUAUACGCGGGGAAGAAAUUCUUGAUGAAGCCAUAGCUUUCACUACCACUCAUCUUGAGUCAAUGGUAAGCAGUAUAAGCCCCCACCUCUUGGAAAAGGUCACAUUUGCCCUGAACCGACCCAUCCGUAAAAACUUACCAAGGUUAGAGACAAGGCACUACAUUUCUAUCUAUCCCAAAGAAGAUUUCCACAAUGCAACUUUGUUGAAGUUGGCAGCGUUAGAUUUUAAUGUUUUACAAGCGUUGCAUCAACAGGAGGUGAGCAACAUUACAAGGUGGUGGAAAAAUUUGGACUUUCAAAGAAAGUUGCCUUAUGCAAGAGACAGAGUGGUAGACUUGUACUUUUGGAUAUUAGAAGAGUACUUUGAACCCCAAUAUUCCUAUGCGAGAGAGUUAGCUACCAAAAUUAUGACUAUGGUAUCCGCAAUAGAUGAUACCUAUGAUGCUCAUGGAACAUAUGAAGAACUCAAGCUCUUUACGCAAGAAAUCAAAAGAUGGGAUAUUAGUGCCAUUGAUGUCCUUCCAGAUUAUAUGAAGUUUCUAUGUCAAGCAAUUUUAGAUAUUUACAGUGAUAUUGAGGAACACACUACAAAGGAAGGAAGAUCAUAUUGUGUACAUUAUGCAAAAGAGGCAAUGGAAGAGCUAGUCCAAGCCUAUUUCACUGAAGCCAGUUGGUUGCAUGAUGCGUACACCCCAACAUUUGAGGAAUACAUGUCAGUAGCGGCAGUGAGUGCUCCUUAUUUUGUUAUCAUAACCUUUUCAUUUCUUGGGAUGGGUAAGAUUGCUACUAAAGAGGUGUUCGAUUGGGUCUGCAAUAAACCAAAUAUCAUCAAAGCUUCAUCAGUUAUUGGUAGACUAAUGAAUGACAUGGUGUCCCAUAAUUUUGAGCAAAAGAGAGGACACGUUGAUUCUGCUGUAGAAUGUUGCAUGAAACAACAUGGUAUUGAGGAAGAAGAGGCAAAUAAAAUGUUGGCUGUAGAAGUUGAAAAUGCUUGGAAAGAUAUAAAUCAGGAGUUGCUGAAGAAGCCAAAUACCAGAGGCAGUGUAGCAUUUGGUCUUCUGGAGCGGAUUUUGAAUCUGACAAGGGUGACAGAUGUUGUGUACAAAGAUGAUGAUUGUUAUACAAAUCCUCAUAAGCUCAAACACCAAAUUGAGUUAUUGCUUAAACAUCCUAUAGCAAUUCAUUGAAUAGGCUUUUUUUAUAAUAUUACUAGUCUCAUGAGUAGUUAAUCAGUCUUCCAUUAAUGUUUUGAUUUGUUCCAAGUUAAUUUUAUCAGUUGUAAUCAUCAGUAGCAAAAAUGUGUUAAAUUCUAAGCAUUUAGUUAAAAAACCUAAAACAGAAAUUCAGUUGCCAUGGAAUGAAAUUGUAGUACCCAAAUCAAUCGGAUUAAUUACAAGCAAUUCGGCUUCACACAAACCCAACAGUUCUGUUUGGAAAUUAGAUUAGAUUUUGGGGAAUUCAGCCCAUUAGCCCUCUCUUGGAGG